AUGGGUGAUGCCUCGCAGGCUGCCACUGCUCUGCUGACAGAGCAUCUGCAGUAUACCCCAUUGUCGCUGAUUGACGAUAUCAUCAAUUCUGUCAACAACCUCGUCUAUCAAGGCAUCUCGAGUCUCGAGAACGGUCUGACCGCAACUCCUCCUGCGCGACUUGGAUUCAAGCCUUCGAAAUCUGCGACGUUACCACCAUCCGGAGAUGGUGAUGCCAGUGUAGACUAUCCCGAAGCAAAGCAAGAGAUUGAGGAGGGACUCCAUCAGCUUGAAACACUCCUCGAGUCCACGGUCGAUAAGAACUUCGAUAAGUUCGAGAUUUAUGUGUUGAGAAAUAUCUUGUCUGUUCCAGAGGAGCUCCCUAGUUGGAUACGGCUGAGCCAUUACGAGAACUUGUCCUAUCCGCCUCCAGAUGGAGCACCUACCCAAGAGUCGGUUCAUCUGCUGCGGCGGAAGGUUAUAGAAUCACAAAGACUCCGAAAUUAUCUAUAUACAGAAGCAUCUCGCAACGAAGCCAUUAUUGCGCAGCUCAAAGGCCUGCUGACACAGUCAUAUGGUGAUGCAGUACAACCAUCACAAUCCUCACAGCACGAUUUCUCCUUCCUCACAUCGACGCCAUCGGCCAAAGUCUUGAACGUGUCCACAUCAAGCGCUGCACAACAACCAAUCACAACAAAUACCAAGUUCGCUCUCUCCCAACUUCCUGCCUUGAGAGCUCUUCUAGCGGACCUGCGGCCAAGAUUAGCCACCCUGCAGACCCCAAGGACAGUGAUCGACGGCGUCCGGGCAGAGAGAAGAGAAGAACGAAGAGAAUACAUCGAGCAGAGAGCAAAGAUGCACCUUCAACGAUAUGCAGAUAGCUCCUCGGCCAACAACCUUCCUGCUGCUGGUAAGCGGGUGGAGGUAGAAGAGGUCGAGGCACUUGAGAAGGUUGCGGACAUCUUCGACACGCAUUGA